GAGGACCGUUUCUUGAAUAUUAUAUAAUAAUAAUAUAACAUUAAUUCUCUCUAAAUUAUCUCACACAAAAGUUAAAAAUAUUUCUUCUAAACAUUUUUAAAUAUUUAAUCAAACCCAACGAAAGACCAGAAAGAGCAACAUAUGUAUUAUAAAACAGUAAUUCUUCCGUAGUAAUAAAUACCGAUACCAAGGCCACCAGUGCCGAUUCAAAAGGGUCUACCCUUUCCACUGUUUGGAAAUUGGUAUUCGAUUGUAGAAAUAUAUUUGUAGGAUAUCAACAGAUAUGAAUUUCCUUUACUGAAAUGUGGCAUUCCCACUUAGUUGUUAGUGCAGUUCAUUGCCGUUUCACAGCGCUAGUCGGUGAUUUCGUAAGCCGUGUGCGUGGUGGCAAACCGGGAAUAUCGCCGGGCCCGCUUCGCUAUCAGCAGUUUGUUGCAACGAUUUGCUCGAGGGCACGCGACAGGCGUGACAACGAUUAAUCGCGGAUGAUCAGGCAUUGCUCUUGUCAAGAGAGGCUUCCAAGGACCGAGGACGAGGAUCAUGUAUACCGUGUCAAAGGGACCUAGCAAAAUUGUGGCGAAGACACGACGAGGGAUCUCUCAGAAUCUGGAGAGGCUGGAAACUCUGCGCGAUCUGACGAGGAAGACCGAUCCCGAGGACGAUCAGGAGACCACGCGCAGCCAUGUACCAAAGCCAGUCUUCCACAUGAACGGAAAAUCGAAGCUCACGUCGCAGCGACAUCAGAUGCAAGAAGUUAUUACGCCACAGCACGAGGCAUUAAUCAAAUUUGUUUACGAAUCAUGGAACCAAGUCAAUACGCGGCAAAGCAACGAAUCUUGUGACGGCACAGAGUGCACGGAGCUUUGCAAUCCUAACUCGAUAGUAUAUUACAAUGAUGGUGAACCAAACGAUAGCCUUCAAGACUUUAAACCGUUCGACCUAGAGUCCUGGUGGGGCAAGCGAUUGUUCAACAAUAUCACAAAGUCGCUCUGAAAGGAAACGCAAAAAUUCAUCAAAACUAUUUUCCUUCCCGGAAGAUAGUUGUGUUCGGAUGUAGUACAUUACGGCAGCUGGCGCUAUACGAAUUUCAACCACUGUCCACGUGUUAAGCAUGAUUAAAGAUUUAAUCAGAAAGUCCCGAAAGUCGGUAACACAGCGUUGAGCUCAUAGCAAAGCUCAGACGUGAGUUCGAUACUUAUAAUAAAUCAAAUCCAGUAAUAUUAUCGAUAUAUAAAUGAAAUAUCGCUCGAAAUAUCGCCAUAUAUCGUCAAUCGUCAAUCACGAUCAAAUCACAAACUUGUUACGAAGCAAUAAAAUAUAAAUUAGCGUAAAUUUUCAAUUAAUCAUAUACGCGAGCUCUGAUUGCGCAUACACGUGUAUGCAGAGAUAGACACACUGUUAGCGAUCCAUAUUGUUUACAUAUUGAUAACAAUAUACGCAUUUGUUUGUUAAUCAUUUUUACAAAAUACAGAAGUUUCUUUAUUAUUGCUCUAUUGUUAGGAUUGCUCAAUUUUACUAGUGCGCAGAACGCUCGGCGUUCUUGUACGGAGAGCCUCGAGACGCAGAGUACGGCAGAGAGUAUCACGGAACCUUCGGUAGACAAUAAGUAGAAUAACAUGAAAAAAAAGAGGUUUGCGCAAUUACCGUAAACACCGUCUCGUUAUAUAUGAAAGCGUACUGAAUCAGUUUCAGCUGUUUCCUUUUUGUUGAGAACACGCUGAAGCGAACGCGGUGCAAUCCAGUAUAUAUAUUAUAUAUAUACCAAUACGCAUAUACCAAAUAGAGCUAAGUACGAGCGAUAAGAAAACCUCGCUGUGUGAUGUGAAUUCUGCGUGAGAUGAAUUGAUGAAUUUUUAAUCCUAUAGAAUGCUGUACAUAUUGCAUGCAAUGGUCGCGUGAGUGCAUGGUAAUCACAUUGCGGGUAUUGUUACGACUACUAAUGUCUGAAUAUAUAUACUUUUAUGUAAGCAAAGAUUUAGUAUAAAUUUGUAGACUGAUAUUAUAUAAGGAGAUGAUUAUAUUGUUACUGUUGUUACAACCGAAUGCAAGGUGAUGUAAUCCGCUGAUGAAAGUUCGCUCAUCGAAUCGUUGUUAUAUUAUGGCACGUUAAAUUGUUUCUCCCUCGCUCAUUGUUACGUGUGGUACGUCUGUACUCGGGCUGACGCGCUAAUGCCGAAUGGGCCUUCGGUGUUGGCGCAACGAUUUCAAUGCCGAAUAAGUCCUCGGUGUUAGCAGCAAUUUAAAUGCCACGAUAUCACGCCUCCAAUAAGGCACAAAUCGCAAGAGUAGUCGUGAUGUAGUACAAUGGAAUUCGGCCAACUUGGACGGCUGAGUUACACGAUCAUGAAUAAAUACCUCUUUAUACA